UCCCUUCCAACCCAAAUAAUUCCAUGAUUCUGGGAUUCUCAGCCCUGAGGAUUUGCUGUGUUAUUUAACAAAACCUGUUGCAGGUGACAGCACAUGUUGCCUCAUCUGUUGAUCUGGUUUAAAACUUCUGAAUGACAAAGACUCGAAUUGCCUGCAAACAGUUGCUGUUUUUCUUUUGGAAUGAUUUAUUUAGUUUAAUAAGGCUUUAAUGACCUGUUUGCUCUCUGGACAUUCAGACAUCACAGUUUGGUCUCUGUGUGUUUGUUCAGGUCACUAUGAAGGCCUUGUUUGGGCAGCAGAAUUCACCUGGAGAGGAAAUGACUUUUGUGUUCCAGGAAAGAGAAAACCUUCCUCCCCUUGGGGACCACGAGGUGAAGGUGCAAGUGAGGGCCUGUGCCCUGAGCUGGGUGGACACAAAGCUUCUGUCAGAAAUUAAGCUGAAGAAGGAACUCGUGCCUGUGGGACGAGAGAUUUCUGGAGUGGUGCUGGAAGUUGGGAGCAAGGUGACCUUUUUCCAGCCGGAGGAUGAAGUGGUGGGAAUUUUACCUCUGGAUUCUGAGGAGUCUGGUCUCUGUGAAGUUAUCCUGGUUCACGAGCAUUAUUUGGUGCAGAAGCCAGAGAAGGUUUGCUGGGCUGCAGCAGCCGGGACGGUGCGGGAUGGACUCCGGGCCUACACAGCCCUGCACUACCUGGCCCAGGCCUCUCCUGGGACAACUGUGCUCGUGCUGGAUGGAGCCAGUCCGUUCGGCACCAUCGCGGUUCAGCUGGCCCAGCACAGAGGGGCCAGAGUCAUCUGCACUGCCCACAGCCUGGAGGACAAGCAGUUCCUGGAGAGGCUCAGGCCUCCUGUGGUGAAAUUAUAUAGUGCUGAAGAUGAAUCAGCUUCAAAAUCCCAGCUGCUGCCUCACAAGCACGACAUCAUCACUCUGCUCGGGGUUGGGGGACACUGGAUAACAACAGAAAAAAACCUUCAGCUGGAUCCUCCAGACAGCCAUUCCUUGUUCCUUGAAGGAGCCACAGUGUCCUUCCUGAAUGAUGAGAUCUGGAACUUGUCCAAUGUGCAGCAAGGGAAGUAUCUCUCCAUCCUAGAAGAUAUCAUGGAGAAAUUAUCAAGUGGCGUUUUCAGGCCUCAGCUGGAUGAACCAAUCCCACUGUACGAGGCCAAAGUUUCUAUGGAAAUUGUUCAGAAGAAUCAAGCCAGAAAAAGACAAGUCAUCCAGUUCUGACAGGCAAUCUCCUCAUUUCUGAGCCUGUGGGAGACAAAGAAACAUAAAUUUGUGGAGUGAACCAGUGUACACUUUCAGACAGUUCUAUAACCAGAAUUUAAACAUCCUUUUACCUCAGCACAAAUGGUCUCUAAGCUCCUGCGACUUCAGGGUUUUUUUUAAUCCACAUGAGCAGAAUGUUCCCAUCAGCAGCUUCCAAAGAAGCAGCCUUGACUUACAGAUCUUGUCUGCCCUGCCCCAGUUACAAACAUCAGUCACAUCUACAGGCAAACCCAGCUGCUGUUGGGUUUCAACCAUAAGAAA